AUGCAUUUGUGGGAAAAGGGGUUUAUGCCAAAUUAUUGGAUUUGGAUAGAACAUGGAGAGAUUGACGACAUAGGGAUUAAUCAGAUGGGAUUCAAUAAUUGUGGGGAAGGUGGUUCAGGAAGUGGUGCAAAUGUGGAAGAAUGUGAUAUGUAUGACAUUAGCUGGGAAGACAACUCCAGAAGGUAUCAUGAAAUGGUUUUCGAUUCUGUUGGUCCAGAGGAUCCUCAUGUAGAGGCUAAAAACUUUUUUGGUCUUCUUGAGGCAGCUCAAAAGCCUUUGUGGGAAGGUUGUGUGCACUCUCAACUAUCGAUAGCUGUUAGAAUGCUAUGCAUUAAGGCCAAGGGAAACCAAUCACAGGAGUCAUUUAAGCAGUGGGCCACCUUAAUUAGGGAAAUUGCUCCUGAGGGUAGUGCCAUACCUAGGGAUUACUAUGAGGCUAAGAAGUUAGUGCAAAAGCUUGGAUUGAAGGCAAUCAAAAUAGAUUGUUGCUCAAACAAUUGCAUGUUGUAUCGAAAAGACGAUGCUGCUCUAACUAGUUGCAAGUUUUGUGAAGCACCUAGAUUCAAGCCUAUUUUUGAUGGUGGUUGUAAGUCCAAGAGAGUUCCUGUCAGACGGAUGCACUACCUACCCUUAAUCCCUAGACUUCGAAGGCUUUAUGCGUCAAUGAGUUCAGCUCCGCACAUGACGUGGCAUAUAAAAAACCAACGUGAUGAUGGCGUGAUGACCCAUCCGUCACAUGGGGAGGCAUGGAAAAGCUUUGACCGUAUCCACUCUGAUUUUGCUUUGGAGCCUAGAAACAUUAGGUUAGGUCUUUGCUCUGAUGGGUUUACCCCAAAUAUCCAAUUUAGCAAGCCUUAUUCUUGUUGGCCCGUAAUUGUAAUUCCAUACAAUCUACCUCCUGGAAUGUGUAUGAAAGAUCCUUAUUUGUUCUUGACUUGCUUAAUACCUGGUCCUAAUAACCCUAAAGCCAACAUUAAUGUAUUCUUGGGACCCUUGAUUGACGAAUUAAAUGAGUUGUGGAAUCCUGGUGUUUUGACGUAUGAUAUUGUAGAAAAGAAGAAUUUCGUCUUAAAGACAGCAUUAAUGUGGACUAUCAAUGAUUUCCCGGCUUAUGGGAUGUUAUCUGGGUGGAUGACACAAGAAAGAUUGUCAUGUCCUAUUUGCAUGGAGGAUACCAAGUCUUUUACACUAUCACAUGGAGGCAAGGCAUCAUGGUUUGAUUGUCAUCGGAGGUUUUUGUCGACAAACCACCCUUAUAGGCGCAAUAAGAAUGACUUCAGGAAGAAUAAAAUAGAAAGUGAAGAGGCUCCUACCAGAUUAAGUGGUUUGGAGAUUUGGCAAAGGGUUAAAGGACUUGGGAAGAUAUCAGAUAAUGGAAAGUGGAUCAAAUCGCGAGAGUAUGGUAUUAUUCACAAUUGGACUAUGCAAAGUGUGUUUUGGGAGUUACCUUAUUGGAAGGAUAACCUGGUUCGUCACUGUCUUGAUGUAAUGCACAUAGAGAAGAAUGUGCUUGAUAACAUAAUGAAUACUGUUAUGGACACUGAUAGAACUAAAGACAAUGAAAAGGCUAGGUUAGACCUGGCUGAACUGUGCAAGCAUCCAGAUUUUCAUUUGCGGCAUGUCGGUGAUAAUUGUUGGUCCAAACCUAAGGCAGCUUAUACUUUAACUUCUGAACAACAAUAA